CUUUUUCUUUAUUAAAACGUGACUUUUCAAGAUUGUCGGAAAUUCACGUUUUACUUUAUCAAAGUCAUGAUAUAAAAGGACAAUUGCCCUUUUCAAGAUUGCCUUAUGUUUGAAUUUCACCAUCUCCUUUUAUCUUUUCAAUAAAAGUCAUAAGUUCAAGUUUCACCUUUUAUAGUAAAAAAAAGAUUUAUUGCUCUAGUUCCACCCUUUUUAGUGACCAAAAGUAUCAAUCAUAUUGUCACAAGUUGGUGUUUUAUCUUUAGUCAAAAACAAGAAAUUGUUUAUUGUUGUAUGUUAAUUCAAGGUUCAAUCAUACUCAAUGUCUUCUGAUUUGUUUGAAUUUGAAGAGUGUUUCUUCACUGAUCCCUUCUCUCCAUUGAGUGAUUCUUCCUCCAUUGACAUCCUCAAAGCCUUUCAAGAAAAUAACUACAACUUGAACCCUUUGACCCAUGAAAAUCUUGACCCACCAUUUGAUGAAAUUGACCAAAUUGCCCCCACCAAUACCCCCACCACCCUCCUUUCUUCCUCCCCACCAAGCCACCAACUUGAGAAUCUUUCUCUCAACCAAAUGGGCAAUUCAGUAAAUUCUCUACAUUUGUGCAAUCUUGAGGUCAAAACAGAAGAAAGACAACCACCCUUUUAUGACUAUUAUGUCAACAACAAUUCUUUCUUGCCUCAUAGCUAUGGUGGGUAUGAAAAUGCAAUGAAAAUGAUGCAAAGGAGCUUUAGUAGUAAAUUUUUGAUGGAAGACCAAAUGGUUUCUUUUUCAACCAAAUUUGAUAGCUUGAUUGAGUCCUCAAGUCUUCAUGACUUCUCUUCUAGUUCAAGCCACAUGAGAAAAGUUUGUAGUGCUGGUGAUUUACAAAGCUUGAAAAACAAUCAUCGAAGUCAAACAUUGUCGUCAAGUCCAUUAGCGACUGAAGGGUCGCUCAUGGAGGAAGGAAAUUUUAAGGUGGGUCGUUACAGCCCAGAAGAAAGGAAAGAAAGAAUCUUAAGAUACAAAGCCAAAAGGACACAAAGAAAUUUUAACAAGACAAUUAAGUAUGCAUGUCGAAAAACUCUUGCUGAUAAUCGGCCAAGAAUUCGUGGGAGAUUUGCACGUAACGAUGAGCCUGAAGAAACGACUCCUAAAGCUUUAAAUUUUCAACGGUAUGAGGAUGAAGAUGAAUUGUGGAUGGAAGGGUUGCAAGAAGAAUAUUACUAUGAAGGAAUACCAAGACAACACUUUUUCAACACCCACAUGCCCACCACCCAAUUUCAUCAAUUUAGCUAUGUUCCUAAAUAAUAUCAAAAUAACUAGCUUCCUUCAAAAUUUCAUGGAGAUAUCCUAUUAGAUCGGUUGAUCUUA